GGAGCUAAUCUGGGGCAAUCUACUGAGGGUAUUCAAGACCAGUUUUGCUGUCUCUUCGUCAGCUUACCCGGGCUCUGGGUCUGCCCAUCACUGAUGCUCAGAUUGCAGAGAUGGAGAGCCAUGCAGAGGACAUUGACUUUGCCGUGGCGGCUGAAGAAGAGCGAAAGCUGAGGCACGAUGUCAUGGCGCACGUCCACACCUUUGCACACUGCUGCCCCACAGCUGCUCCCAUCAUCCACCUCGGAGCUACGUCAUGCUAUGUGGGAGACAAUACUGAUCUCAUUGCCUUGCGUGAUGGCUUCAACAUCCUCUUGCCUAAGCUGGCCAGAGUCAUCGACCGGCUGGCAAACUUUGCAGAGGAAUACGCCGACCUCCCCACGCUCGGCUUUACACACUUCCACUGUCUAACUUUGAUGUCAAAGGUGCACAAGAUCUGCACAGACAUCCGUCUGCUGGCCAACCUAAAAGAGAUCGAGGAACCUUUUAAGGAGCAGAUUGGUUCCAGUGCUAUGCCCUACAAGAGGAACCCCAUGCGUGCAGAACGCUGCUGUAGCUUGGCCCGACAUCUGAUUGCGUUGAUGGCCGACCCCCUGCAGACUGCCUCAGUGCAGUGGCUGGAGAGGACACUGGAUGAUAGCGCCAACAGGAGGAUCUCCCUGCCCGAGUCCUUCCUGACAGCAGACAUUGUCCUCAGCACGCUGCAGAACAUCACAGAGGGUCUUGUGGUCUACCCCAAAGUCAUUGAGAGAGACAUCCACAAUGAGCUGCCCUUCAUGGCCACAGAGAACAUUAUUAUGGCGAUAGUGAAGGCAGGAGGCAACAGACAGGAGAGAUGGUUUACUGGGCAGAAAAUGCCAGUGGUAACCAGAAAUUCAGAUGACUGAAAUGAGAUCAUCUUACUGACUAGUAACCAGUGUUUUGACCAUUUAAAUGAAGAAGCUGAUUACCAAUAACCAGACCUGACAUGGAGACCCAACAACAUGGCUGUUAAAGUGGCGGAGUUGAGAGCUCUGCCCACCCGGGGUAAGUCUUCGACUUAUCCCCUUUUAUUGAAUAAAAACUGCCGGAAGAAUAGUGACUGCCGCUCCUCCCUUUCUCUAGCAUAUCAAGACGCGAAUGCGGAAAGGAAGGAGAGGACUCCGCUGGGUUUCCCUUUUACUUCGCUGGAUUUCUUAACUCCCUGGGACUUUUAUGCUGUGGUGGAUCCCACUGGACUUUUAAUGUUGUGUUUUAUUGAUUUUUAUUGUGUUAUCCCUUGGCCAAGGUUGUUUUAAUUUAUCUUACACUUUUAACUAUUUAAAUAUAAUAAAUUAUAUUUUAAUUCUACACUUUUUUAAUCGUGUGCUUUCCCUUGGCGGCUCCACUGCUCUGUCCGUUUGGAGGAAGGUUUCCUUCCUUUAGAAAAACGACACUGUGGGAAUAAAAUCAGCCUUUCCGCUGCCCUUCAUGGC